AUGUGGAUGUUCCCUUUGGCGGUUACCGCUGGAAACACGUUCAUUCUGAAGCCCAGUCCUCGUGUGCCAUUGACUUCAGUUCGCCUCAUGGAGCUGCUCAUGGAUACAGGUAUUCCUGAUGGAGUUGUGAACAUGGUCCAUGGAGGGGCGGAAUCGGUAGAGUGGAUCUGCAAACAUCCGAGUAUCAAGGCGAUCAGCUUUGUGGGGGGCAACACUGCAGGUGAAUUUAUAUUCCGAACUGGUGCUGCUCAUGGUAAGAGGGUUCAGGCUAAUAUGGGGGCUAAGAAUCACUGUGUGAUCAUGCCCGAUGCUGACAAGGAGGAUGCGCUGAACAUGGUAGCCAACGCAGCGUUCGGUGCAGCUGGGCAACGCUGUAUGGCGCUGUCGGUACCGGUAUUCGUGGGGAAGGCGAGAGAAUGGUUACCUGAUUUGGUGGAGAGAGCUAAGAAGUUCAAAGUUGGACAUGGUCUGGAUGCUAGUGCUGAUUUCGGUCCACUGGUAUCGAAGGAGGCAACCUCAAAGGUGGAGGGCAUCAUAGCUGGGUGUACGGCUGAGGGGGCGAGGUUGUUGUUGGACGGACGACAUCCUCAGGUGGAGGGGUAUCCCAACGGUAACUUUGUGGGCCCUACAGUGAUCGCUGGGUGUAAGCCUGGCAUGACAUCCUACGACCACGAAGUGUUUGGGCCAGUGGCUACCUGUGCUGAGGUUGAUACACUACAGGAAGCCAUUGAUCUUAUUAAUGCUAAUCAGUUUGGCAAUGGCGUUGCUAUUUUCACUCAAAAUGGGGCUGUGGCACGUAAAUUCCAGACGGAAAUCAACGUUGGACAGGUUGGUAUUAAUCUGCCGAUUCCUGUUCCGUUGCCGAUGUUUUCCUUCACUGGCUGGAAUAGGUCUGCUUGGGCUAGUCUGAACUUCUAUGGGAAGGCUGGGGUUCAAUUUUACACAAGGAUUAAGACGAUCACUUCGAGAUGGAAGGAGCCGGCUGGGGAUGUUACGAAGCUGAGUGGAGCCUUCCCAACUCUUAGUUGAUAUAUGUAUUUUUGGGUCGAUUUUUUAUUUGCUAUUGUGGAUUCUUC